AUGGAGGUUCCUCACCAACUUUUACUAGCGUUGAGCUUUGUGGCUUUUGCCAUCAUCCAUCUUGUUCAAGCUCAGCCUGAUCAACAAGGAUUCAUCAGUUUGGACUGUGGUUUACCUCCUAAUGAGUCUCCUUAUACCGACCCACUAACCGGAUUAAUCUUCUCGUCCGAUGCUGAUUUCAUUUUAAAUGGUUUACGCGGUGAAGCUGGUGAUGACAGAAGACAGUACAAGGAUCUUAGAUAUUUUCCGGAUGGAAUAAGAAACUGCUAUAAUCUGAAAGUGGAGCAAGACAUCAACUAUUUAAUAAGAGCAGGGUUCUCAUAUGGAAACUAUGAUGGGCUUAAUGUAUAUCCCAAAUUUGAUUUACAUAUAGGGCCUAAUAUGUGGACUGCGGUGGAUUUGGAAACCGAAAAUGAUCGUGAGAUCAUUUACAUGUCAAAGUCAAACUUAUUGCAGAUUUGUCUCGUCAAGACAGGACAAACUAUACCAAUGAUAUCAACCUUGGAAGUACGGCCGUUGGGAAAUGAUUCUUAUACUACACGUUUCGGUCCGUUGGACCUCAUUUACCGGCGGCACUAUUCUAGCAAUUCUAGUGGUACUAUACGGUAUCCUGAUGAUGUCUUUGAUCGCAAAUGGGACAAUUAUAACGAAUUCGAAACAGAAGUAAACACCACACUCAGUGUGAGAUCCUCUAGUCCCUUUCAAGUACCAGAAGCGGUAAGUACGUCCGGAAUUUCGCCGGAAAAUGCUACCAAACCAUUGAGAUUCUUAUUGUCACUUGAAGACGACAGUGACAGAGUCAAUGUGUACUUUCAUUUUGCCGAGAUACAAUCCUUAAGUUCCAAUGAUACAAGAGAAUUCGACAUAGAAUUGGAAGAUCAUAUUGUUCAGUCAGCGUAUAGUCCUACGAUGUUACAAUCAGAUACCAAAUACAAUCUGUCACCACAAAAAUGUAGCUUCGGCUUGUGCUAUUUGGACCUGGUAAGAACUUCGAGGUCUACUCUUCCACCACUGAUUAAUGCUAUUGAGGCUUUCAAGGUUGUAGAAUUUCCAUAUGCUGAAACAAAUCCAAAUGAUGUUGCUGCUAUGAAGGAUAUACAAGCUAUUUAUGGAUUGAGCAUGAUUAGUUGGCAAGGAGAUCCUUGCGCUCCUGAAUUGUUAAAGUGGGAAGAUAUAAAGUGCAGCUACACAAAUAAGUCUACGCCACCAAGAAUUAUUUCCUUAGACUUGUCAUCACGAGGGUUAAAAGGGGUCAUUGCGCCUGCCUUCCAAAAUUUGACCGAGCUUCGGAAACUGGACUUAUCAAAUAACAGUUUUACUGGAGGAGUGCCUGCAUUCUUAGCCAGCAUGAAGUCACUAUCGAUCAUAAAUUUAAACUGGAAUGAUCUCACGGGUCCUCUUCCUAAUGUGUUUCAUAACAGAGAAAAGAAUGGGCUAAAGCUAACGGCCCAAGGUAACCCAAAGUUGUGUGCUGAUGCGUCAUGCAAGAAAAACAAUCAAAACUACGUUGUAGCAAUUGUUGCAUCAGUAGCUUCUGUGUUCAUCAUUGUAGCUGUGCUGAUUCUCAUUCUUGUUUUCCGAAAGAAAAGGGCAACGCAAGUUCAACAAGAAUUACCAAGUACUAGGCCAUCCAUAUUUACGCAGACAAAAAGAUUCACAUACUCAGAGGUGAUAGCUUUGACAGACAACUUUGAAAGAGUUCUUGGAGAAGGAGGUUUCGGAGUAGUGUACCAUGGUUCUUUAAAUGGUACGCAACCAGUAGCUGUCAAACUACUCUCUCCAUCAUCAGUCCAGGGCUACAAGGAAUUCAAAGCAGAGGUUGAACUUCUUUUGAGAGUUCACCACGUAAAUUUGGUGAGCUUGGUAGGAUACUGUGACGAAGAGAGCCACCUCGCCCUCCUUUAUGAGUAUGCACCCAACGGAGACUUAAAACAACAUCUCUCAGGAGAACGUGGUGGCUCCCCUUUGAAGUGGUCAAGUAGAUUGAAAAUUGUCAUCGAGACUGCACAAGGAUUGGAAUACUUGCAUACUGGUUCCAAACCUCCUAUGAUACAUCGUGAUGUCAAAACAACAAAUAUACUUUUGGAUGAGCACUUCCAAGCUAAACUAGCAGAUUUCGGCCUUUCAAGAUCUUUUCCUAUCGGAGGUGAAACUCAUGUGUCAACAGCUAUUGUUGGUACUCCUGGAUAUCUUGAUCCUGAAUAUUACCGAACAAACAGGUUAAAUGAGAAAAGUGACGUAUACAGCUUUGGAAUUGUAAUCUUGGAGAUAAUCACAAGUCGGCCUGUAAUUCAGCAAACUCGAGAAAAGCCACACAUAGCAGCAUGGGUGGGACACAUGCUUACCAAGGGAGAUUUUGAAAAUGUUGUGGAUCCAAGACUAAAUAGGGAAUAUGAGCCUACUUCUGUUUGGAAAGCUCUUGAGAUAGCAAUGUCAUGCGUGAAUCCGUCUUCAGAGAAAAGACCAAACAUGUCUCAAGUUACUAAUGAACUAAAGCAGUGUUUAACAUCAGAAAACUCAAGACAAGGAGGGAGACAAGACAUGGACUCAAGAAGUUCUGUUGAAAUGAGCGUGAGCUUUAACACUGAAGUUACCCCUAACGCACGGUAA